CCUUCAGCCUCCAUGCUCCUGGCGGCGGAACCGGAGAACCCAAAGUGCUUCGCUGAGGGCAGGAAGGCCUUCACCUGCUUCUGGGAGGAAGAUGAGGAGAGGGCUGGUCCUGUGGAGCAGUACUCCUUCACCUACGCCUACCAAAAUGAAAACGGCAGCAGGUGCCCUCUGACUGUCGCCCCGGCUGCAGGCGGGAAAAAGCUGUUCGUCUGCCACCUGGACCGGAUUCAGAUGUUCGUCCAGUUGGACAUCCAAGUUCAUCGUGAAAGCGUUAUGAUCCACAACCGAAGCCUUCUCGUCGAGCUUGUUUUUCUUUUGGACCCUCCUGAAAACGUGACCGUCAGCAGCACGGGUCAUCAGGGGCAGCUGAACGUUAGCUGGGGUCCGCCUCCUCUCAAGUACAUGGAUGACAGCAUGAUCUACGAGGUUAUGUACGCUAAGGAGGGCGACCCUGCUGGGCAGGUGGAGGUGGCCCGAGCUUGCUCUGAGCUGAUUCUCCGAGGUCUUCAGGCUGCUACCAGGUACAGGGUUGAAGUCCGUGUAAGGUUGGACGGCAUCACCUACAGCGGCUACUGGAGUGCCUGGAGCGAUCCGGUGUGGAUGGAAACUUUGCCUGCAGAUCUUGACCCACUCAUUGUGUCCCUGACUUUCAUCAUCACUUUCAUCCUCUUUCUGCUUUGUCUCAUCGUGCUUUUGUCCCAUCACAGGUUCUUCAUAAAGAAGGUCUGGCCCACUAUUCCAGUUCCUGACAGCAAAUUCCAGGGUCUUUUCACUGUUUACGGUGGAGACCUCCAGGAGUGGUUAAGACAGACCAGUGGAGGCUUGUGGGUGACUUCGGCUCUCCUGUACUCUGAAGAACGCCCCUCUCCUGUAGAAGUCCUCUCUGAACUUAACCUGUGCCGCUCUCUGGCCUCUCCACCUCUCCCGCCUAAGGCCUGUAACGCUUCCACUCAGCGUGAUGAGCGGGAGUUGUCUAACGGGAGUGAUUCAGCUCAGACAGACGAGUGGAGAGCCACACAGCAGCAGCACUGGCUGAUGGAACGCUUACGAGAGACUCGUCCCGGGAUGGGGUCUUCUCUGCUGGAAUCUCAGGACACUUAUGUCACCCUCAGCACCAACAAUCACAGCGAAGAAGACCACGUAGAUGACACUCUGGAGGAAGCCUUACCCCUUGAGAUGCAUGUUGCCUCUAGAAAGACACCGCUGAGCGAGUUCCACUCUGACCUAGGGUCCGGGCAGCAAAGCUCAGGGUCCGGUCGCCUCUCAUCCCAGUCCAGCUUUGAGUACCCAAGCCAAGGCUGGACACCCAAAGGCCCCGGCUACACCUACAUGGCAGUGGCAGACUCAGGGGUCUCCAUGGAUUACAGCCCCAUGAGCAGAGUUGAUGACUUGGGGAAAGUGGCUCUCUAUGCCAACGAGUACAAAAAUGAAAUUCCACCCCACAGAAGACCCUUCCUAACAAGGCAGUACCACGUCCAUGACGAUGGCUGAGGAGAAGCCCAAUUGGACCAGCACAAAGCCGGAGGCGGCUUUCGGGGGCUUGGUGACUACUGGAUACUCACCCAAGGCACCAUCAACUGCUAAGGGAGGAUCCCAGGAGCCGACGGACACCAGCGUGUAGCUAAAGGACUGAGACGAGUCUGCUUGAUGUGUCUGAGGGUCCACUGUGGUCCACCUGCUCACCACUACACUGUUCAGCACACCAGCGCAGAAAUCCUGACAUUCUGCGCGCUUCCUCGUGUUUCAGAUGGUAUUUUAUACUGGAGUAGUGAGACAGCGGCGUUUGUGAUCCACCGUUGCUUCAGCGCACAGACAGAUGUGCUAUCAUACACAGCAGAGCAGUUCCAGCGCGAGACUGUUGGGAACAUUUCUCUGAUGAUUAGUUGUCACUGACAAACCACGCGUGUCCAAAGCUUUGAAUGUUCUCCGAUGUCCAUUUUUGGACGUAGGAGCAUGACCAUGCUGGCAGCAGCUAGUCAACAUGCUAACAACCACGCUAGUAGCAUCAUCCAGUCACUUCCUGCUGUCAGGAAGCUAACAUUUGGUAAUUAACGAGAUGAAUCAAACGGAAAGUGUUCACUUCUAAGGUGUUCUGAUAAAUUCAUGUAUUCAUAGCUGAAGCUGGGAAGAUGCUGGGCAUCAAACUCGUUGUAAUUAAGAGGUUUGAACCAGAGCGGCGCCAACUGCCCGCCUAAUCGGAGGACAAGGACUAGCUUAAAACGACCACGAGCUAAUCUAAAUACAAACCAGCAGCUUCUCUCGUCUUCUGAUGGCGUCAUGAUUUCCUGUCUCCUUAGUACUUUCUAAUACGAAGCAUCUUCUGCUUUCACUCUGAAACUCUUCAUGCCUCCUUUACGUUUUUGUCAUUAAGUCAAGUCGGCCUUAGAUUCUGAUUACUGUAGGGUUAGCGUUAGCCCGCUGAGUGGCGACCACAGUCAGAGGAGCUGUAGCGGUGGCGUUUGUCUGAAUUUCCCUCCGACGUUAAAAAGCCGUCCUGACAUCAUUGUGAAGGUCAAAGGGAUCCUCUCUAAUGUCGCGUUAGCGUUGUACCAUGCAGGUGUUGGAAAUAAAAGUGUACAUAUCUGACAACUCAAACCUUCACGAAGACCCCACAAACACGUGUUUGCAUUAUUUCCUGUGGUAUUUUAAACUGUUACUACUGUUCUCACUUUUACGUCUCACCUCUUUGCUGAAGUACAAUAAAUCUGUUUUGUUUCUUUAA